GCGUAAAGGAGUGGCACAGGAUGCGUUUAAAUAGCCGCGCUCACCAACUUUCACGCAUCACAACUUCUUCAGCUCUGCACACUGGUUUUACGCAUCCAUACUUUGCGCUCUCUGAAGAUGCGUUGCGCACUUUCCAAACUGCACAUACUGCACUCCUCCGUCCUUGCGCUGUGGCUCACGGCUCUCCAGGGAUUCAGACCUGCGGAUGCUGCCCCCAACCCGUCUCCCCUCUUGGGCUCCAACUGGGGGAACCCGCGGAGGUACAUCCACCUUCAGACCACUUCAGACUUAAACAACUUCUACUUGGAAAUCAGCCCGAAUGGACACGUGCACAAAACUACAAACCGGGGGUCCUACAGUGUCAUUUUACUGAAAGCAGAGAGCAGAGACCGGCUGGCAAUAUUUGGAGUGAAAAGUAACCGAUUUUUGUGUAUGGACGCAGCAGGAACUCUUUUCACAUCUACGGUUUGCAAUAAGGAAGACUGUCUUUUUCACCACAAACUUUUGGAAAACCACCGUGACGUGUAUUACUCCACCAAGCAUGGCAUACUGCUUAACCUGGAUGGGGCGAAACAGGUGUUCAUAGCGGGACAAAAUCUCCCUCAGUCCUCUCUCUUCUUAUCAGAGAAGAACACUGUUCCGUUGGAGCGCCUGCAGCACCGGGAGAGGAGAAACCGGCAGGUGAAUCCAUCAGACCCGCUGAACGCGCUCCGUAACGGAGAGGCGUCAGACUCCAGAGCUGCUCAAGAGGACGAUGGGGACUUGGACUUUGAGCCGUCAGAGGGUCGAAACAUCUCCAGAGAAACACUGGUUUCACCUUCCGAUGAUGACCCGUGGGAUCUUUUUCACGACACGAGCCCCGGCAGUCCCCGGAUUUCAGCAAUUGUCGGAUAAAGCUACAGAUCAUUCAUGGCGUGACUGUUGAACCGCCGCAGCUUUGCGCAAAGUCGAUGCGCCAACGUUUGAGUGUGGCACCAUAGUAUUUUCAUCAUAAAUAAGUGUUUUUAGGGCAUAUAUUUCAAAUCGAUUUCACGUGUACACUCUUAAAAAUAAAGGGUUUUGGCAUUGAUGCUCUGGAAGAACGAGUUUGGUUUCCCAAAGAAGUGUCCUUAAAAGAGUGUGAAGAGCAUUUAAAAAAUCUGAAGAGCCUUUUUCCACUAUAAAGAUCCUUUUGUGCAAUGUAAAGAUUCAAUGAAAGGUCUUGAAAGCAUCAAUGCCAAUAAAGAACCUUUAUUUUUAAAAGUGGAGAUCUACAGUUUAUUUAGGCUGUUCUGUUAUCUCACCAAAACCUGAGUUUUUUCUCCUGCCACCAUGAAUUUGUCUUUGGUGCUGGACACCAUCUGUGGACAACAAUUGUUGAACCAAGAAAGUAUUUAUUUAUUUAAUGAAUUACACAUGUUUUAUUUAUGGUAUUUAUGUUUGCUUUAAGUGUUAGAUGUGCAGUGAAAAUGUUAUACUCAUUUUAAAUAAAAUUUU